AUGGCGGAUGGGGACAGUGGAAGUGAGCGUGGAGGCAGCAGCGGCGGCGGCGGUGGAGGAGGAGGUGGGGGAGGCAGCGGCGGCUUCCAGCAUUACCAGCGGGAGCCCGAGACGCAGGAGCUGGCUUCGAAGAGACUGGACAUUCAGAACAAACGCUUCUACCUUGACGUGAAACAGAACGCCAAAGGCCGGUUCAUCAAAAUCGCCGAGGUCGGCGCAGGGGGCUCGAAGAGUCGGCUGACCCUGUCCAUGUCGGUGGCGGCCGAAUUCCGUGACUACCUCGGGGAUUUUAUCGAACACUACGCCCAGCUGGGGCCGAGCACUCCGGAGCAGAUCGCCCAGUCGGCGGGCGGCGAUGACAGCGGGCCUCGGCGGGCCUUGAAGAGCGAGUUCCUGGUGCGAGAGAACCGCAAAUACUACCUCGACCUGAAGGAGAAUCAACGGGGUCGCUUCCUCCGCAUCCGCCAGACCGUCAACAGAGGCCCGGGCUUCGGUGUCGGCGCGGGGGGGAUGCCCGGCUUGCAGGCCGGACAGACCAUCGCGUUGCCAGCCCAAGGCUUGAUCGAGUUCCGCGACGCCUUGGCCAAGUUGAUCGACGACUACGGCGGCGAUGACGACGAGCUGGCCGGCGGCGGUGCAGGAGGGCCGAUGGGCUACGGCGAACUCCCGGAGGGCACCUCCAUCAUGGUGGACUCCAAGCGUUUUUUCUUCGACGUGGGCUCCAACAAGUACGGCGUGUUCUUGCGGGUGAGCGAGGUGAAGCCCAGCUACAGGAACUCUAUCACCAUCCCCUUCAAGGCCUGGGCCAAGUUCGGCGGCGCCUUCAGCCGCUACGCCGAGGAAAUGAAGGAGAUCCAAGAGCGCCACCGGGACAAGGGCUUCGAACGCCGGGCUGCGGAGGAGUCCGAAGGUGAAGACGUGGAUGACGACUGACGACCCACGGAUUACUGUUUUUGUUUGGUUUGAUGCUAAAGCUAACAACAAGGCGGGUAUUACCGAGAUACAGGGCGACCAUUACGUGCAUGAGAAAUCGAACUAUUUUAAAGGCGGAAGCUAAACAAGAUAUAUAAAUAUAUGACUGAGAAUUUAGUGUCUGGGGAAGGGGUAUGGGUUGGGGGGGGGGGGUUACGUGGAUGUAAGAGAUAUAUAACACGUCGGUCAGGUCCUGUAUGAGAUACCCCGAUUGAUUGUGUGUGUGUGUGUGUGUGUGUGUGUGUGUAUAUAUAUAUACACACACACACACAAAUACUAUUAGUACAUUUGAUAGCUGAGGACAGACAAAUUAGAGGUUCCACUUCCUGGUUGAGAGCCAAUCAGAAGAGCCCACCUCGAGGGCCAGUCAGAAAGAGACCCCCCUACUCGAGAGCCAAUCAAAGGGGCUCAUCUGACUUGUGGUUUGUGGCACACCAGCAACAAACUGGCGGGAAGGCGUCUAAUUUCAAUUGCUGUGGUCCCCUUUCCUGGUUCAGAGCCAAUCGGAAGAGCUCACCUGACUGACUUGGUCGCGUCUGGGCCCCUGGCAACAUGGAUGGAGUCCGUUCUGGGGAGACCCGUUUCAGGCACAUUCUGUGGAGGAACAAAACACCCGAAUAUUCCGCUUCACCCUGGGGAAGGCCAUUUUGACGCAAGAGGUGGCAGCACUUUGGAGUUACAUUGGCAUAUCCCAAUUAUUUCCAGCGGUUGCCAAUUCUGUCUUUGGUUUUGUGUGCGUUUUGUGUUUGUGUGACAUCCAUAGCAGCUGAUGAUAUCACACAAAGCAAGCUCCCACCCCCACUCCCACUCGGCUCCCCAAUUUUCAGACUUACCGAAGGAAAAUGUUGGAUCGGAAUGUUGGAUCUCUCAAGUCAAAUUUGGUGCUUUAGAGGGGAAAACAAAACAAAAACAAGGGUGCUGUACUAAAGUAUAAAAAAAAUCCAAGGAUACAUAAAAUUAUUUUUCAAAAGAGAUUUAUUGAAUUAUAUCUCAGAAAUGUGAGAUUUUUAUUUUCGAAAGUGACUUAUUAAAAAAAAGUAAAAACACUAUAGAUAAGACUUGGUCGUACCUGUUUUUUCUUUUUUCUUUUAUUUUCCAAAGAGCAGGGUUUCCCAAACUGAGGCUCAGUGGGCCACUUUGGGUCUUGGCAGGGUUUUAUCAUAGCAUAGUCAUGUAUGUUGUGUUGUUUAUUAUUCAUUUCCAUGAUCUGACAGAAGUACAUCGUGUCUAUUAGAUUUGCUUUUCAGCGAGGAACCACAUUUUGACUUUUUUGUCCACUUGACAUACUUUCUUGUAAUAGUGCAUACUGCAAUUGGCUACCUAUUUCGAAAAGGAGAUGAACCUUAAUCUUAGAGUAGUACAUUUUUACAAGACAAAUAUUUUAACCUGUAAUAUUUACAAAUUUAUCCUUUAACAUUGUGGGCGACAUUUUGAGAGUUUUUUUUUUUUUUUUUUUUAAAUGGCUUGCCGCUUAUUGUCAUAGCAGCCAUGUAUGGCGUGUUGAUGAUCGUAAAUUUCGACAUGAAUGGACAUUUUGAGUUUGGGAAACCCUGCCUUUGAGUUGAACAAAUUGCCGUUUGUUUUCUUGCAGCACUCCAGCUCACUUUACAGGGCGUCAGGCCUCGUUUGUCACCUUUUUGUUCUCGAUCGAGUUCUCUCAUUGAAAAACAAAAAACACCACCACCAUCGACUUAUUUUUUUCUUCUUUUUGCAUGCCUGCUCUCUUGCUGCCUUGUUUUUGUUUUGAGUGCCGUACGAAGAUAUUUAUCCUUUUAUUUUGAGAGCGAUUGCAAGUUUUGAUGUGUUGAUAUUAAAAAAAAAAAAUGAACAAGCA